UCCGCGUCAACGACGCACCUCUUCCGGCCGAAUAAGCGGAGCUUUCAGUGGAGCUUUGUAGACUCAAGGCGGGUUCAGAUGUGUUGUUAGUCCGGGUUGGUUCGGUGUGGGUCUCGGGCCGAGGGUCAGAAUGGUCAAGUGUGUUGUUUCCGGAUGUCCGAACCGCGUGUUGAACUGCAACCGGGGGGUAUUGAACCGAACACAGAAGAGGUUCUUCCCCUUCCCCAAAGACCCAGCGAGAGUGAAGGUAUGGCUGGCGGCACUACGAGAGACUGACAAACAGGACGCGACAGAGCAGCACCUGAUCUGUGAGGAGCACUUCCUGCCUGAGGACAUCUCCGCCAACGGGGUCAACAGCGAUGCCAUCCCCAUCAUGCCCCCCUACCUGGACGGCCCACUGGGUAUCAUCAACCCCUGGGGAGCCGAGUGGUCUGAGGAAGAGGACCAGUGGGGCCCUGUGGGAGGCGACGAUGAGGAAGAGGAGGAUGAUGAAGAGGAAGGUGGAGAUGAUGCAGCCCAGGUGGGACCUCCUCCUUCACCACCACGACCUCCCCAGCAGGGUUCAAGUCAAACUUUACACAUUCCUUCAGAGACCAAGACAUCCAGUUUGGAUCUUCAGUCCAAAGAGAAGACCCGUAUAAAAAAGCAGUCAUGCAGAAACGACGCAUCCCUGGUCCUAUUGACUCGACGUUUCCUGGAGCUCAUGCUGGUGGCUCCAGACAGCUGUGUGGACCUCCAUCAGGUGGCCACCGUCUUACAGACCCGCAAGUGUCACAUAUAUGACAUCAUCAGCAUUCUGGAGGGCGUCAGCGUAGUACAAAGGACGGCCAGAAGGGUCAAGUGGAUAGGACAUAGCCCCAUCUCCAGCUUUCUGUGGAAGAAUGAGGAGACUUUCCAGAAGGAAUUAGAGAACCUUAAGCUGGUGGAGAACACACUGGACGGCCUCAUCAAAAACUGCGCACAGCAACUUUUUGACAUGACAGAUGACAAAGCAAAUGCUAUGGCGGCCUACAUCACGCACGAGGACACGAGCCGGCUGGCCUCCUUCAGCGAGCAGACGGUGAUCCUGGUCAAAGCUCCGGAGGAAACCAAACUGGAGGUUCCGGCGCCCAGAGAGGACAACAUCAAGAUCCACCUCAAGUCAAGCAGGGGUCCCAUCACAGUGCUGACCUGCGACAUCGGCACAGGAGGAGUGAGAGUGAAGGAGGAGAUGAGCGGCUGCUUUAUGACACUGGAGGAAAGUCGGAUCCAGACGCAAACAUUGCACACAGACAGCAACGGCUGCUAAGAUGGAAUGUUUUUUUUUUUUUUUUUUUACAGUCCAAGGCUCCAAGGCUUUGUUUGCUUUUGUUAACAUUUGACAGUGGUGCCAGCAAAGAACAUCAGUCCAAGUUCAAUGUUGAUGUUUGAUUGUUUUUGUUGUUGACAUCUUCUACAUGACUUUCGUUUGACAACACGUGCUGACACCACUCAUUCAUUUUUCAUUUGCAAUUGAAAUAAAACAAUUUUAAGUAUCAGUUUUACAAGAAAAUGUCAGUUACACGCAUUAUUAUGACGUGUAAUCAGCCUCCAGCCAGAAGGAGGCGCUAGUCGUCCUCAAUGUUUUUGUUGGAAGGAGCAUAAAAAUGGUUUCACUUACUUCCUCAUCAUGAUCCAACUGGUGUUGCAUUUUGAUAGAGACAACGCAACAAAGAUGCUGUAAAUAAUAAUAAAACAAUAAAGCCCAGCAAAAUUAAAAGUCCAUGUUGUCCAAAUCAGCAGCCAUACUCUAGCUUGAAUGGCAAAAUUCACAUUGUAAAACCGUUUUAUAAACAUAAAUACAGGUACAUGGUACGCAAUACAUAAUGAAAAUAUAGUAGUGAGUAAUUACACUUCAGAUAAUGUAGAAGUUCAGAAUACAAAACGUGUAAAUUUAUAUAAACGUCUGUUUAAAAAUAGAUUCAAAUAGUUCGAUUACAUUUAAAGGUAAACGUGGUUCAGGGCAAUU